CACCCUGGACACCUGGACGCACCGGGCGCAGGGGCGUCUUGGUGUCUGCCACAGUGCAGCAAAUCCUCGACGGGAACGGCCACGACACAGCACUCCAUGGGUCGCGCGCUGCCCGUGCCCGUGGCCUGCAAGGUGUGCGGCGACAAGUCCUUCGGCAAGCACUACGGCGCCUUCUGCUGCGACGGCUGCUCCUGCUUCUUCAAGCGCAGCGUGCGGCGCAACGCCGUCUACAUCUGCAUCUCGGGGCGGGGGAUGUGCGCCGUCGACAAGACGCGGCGCAACUGGUGCCCCUACUGCCGCCUGCAGAAGUGCUUCCAGGCCAGGAUGAACGCCGCGGCGGUGCAGCAGGAGCGAGGCCCCAGGAAGGCCAAGACGCUCAGGACCAAGCUGGAGGCAGAGUCGCAGCGCCACCCCCAGGCGGCCUGCUGCGGCGUGUCCACCACGACGUCGUCCUCGCCGCCGGGCCACUGGUCCCCGGAGUCGCCGGAGUCCGAGUCCCAGUCGCAGGGCGAGUCCGGCUGCGGCAGGGUGCUGCUCAUUGGCCUGCGCCGCGCGCGCAACCACGAGGGGCUGCGGACGCUGCACCGGUCGGCGCAGGACGCCAUCCUGAGGACCGUCUGGGCCUCCAUCUUCAUGCUCAACGCCAGCACCGCCAUGGCGAACCUGGACCUGGCGUCCCUGCUGGAGAUGGCGGGGUGCAGCGGCGCGGUGUGCGGCGGUCUGCGGUACCUGCAGGGGCUGAGUUUGGACGCGCUGCAGGUCGACCUCCUCGAGUCCGUCAUCCUCGCCCGGCCAGGUUGGUGGUCGACUGCCUCGUGUUUUAGCAGAGCCGAGCAGAGCGUAGAGUGGAGCGGGGGUUUCAACAUUACACCCGCGGCAUGCCUGUCGCAGACCUGCUGGCGACCGACGCGGAGCGUGCUCGCGCGCUUUCCUGGCAGGAGCGGGUAA